AACACUUCAUGAGCCCUCGCCCUAGAUCCAGCUGUUACGCAGCACGUAAGCUGGAAGUGAUCAGACUCUUAACUAAAGCAAGCUAUUGCGUUUAUUUUUUUUCCUCUAACCAUCACACGAAUUAAUAUCAAGUCGGUCUUAUUUGCAUUAAGGAAAGAUGAAGACUAAGUUCAUUCACAGCGUGUCCUCAUCCCCAUCCAUGUCUCUGGGUUUAUUGGUGAACGAGAACGCGCUUGAGGUCCAGCCUGAUACCGAGCCAGACUGCAAAGCUCUUCGCGUAGAGGAGCCCGACCAUGAGACCAAGCACAAGGCCUAUCUGUGGUGUAAAAUGUUUCUGCACGGAGCCUGGAAGUCCAUUGGAGAAGAGGAUUUUCAGAUAAGUGUAAUCAGAGGGGGUCUCAGUAACAAGCUUUUCCUCUGCGCAUUACCUGAAGACCAGCAGAGCAUUGGGGAUGAGCCAAGGAAUGUGGUGCUUCGCCUGUAUGGAGCCAUACUGCAGGUGUGUUUCCCACUCCAUGAUUCAAAUGGGAGUAUGUCCUGUAAUAAAGGAGACUCUGGACAGUCAAAAACAGAAAAUCAUUUUCAAGGAACUGAAGCUAUGGUCUUGGAAAGUGUGAUGUUUGCUAUCCUGGCAGAGAGGCAGCUUGGGCCUAAGCUCUAUGGCAUCUUUCCCCAUGGGAGACUGGAGCAGUAUGUCCUGAGCCGUCGACUCGCCACAGAGGAACUGGGAAUUCCCAGUUUAUGUGCUGAGAUUGCAGAGAAAAUUGCCAAGUUUCAUAAGAUGGUGAUGCCUUUUAACAAAGAGCCCAAAUGGCUGUUUGGCACCAUGGAAAAAUACAUGAGUCAAGUGCAAAAGCUGACCUUCACCAGAGAGAACCACAUCCAUAAAUUCAACCAUCUUAUGAGCCACAACCUGCCUCAGGAGAUGGAGAACCUCAGGUGUCUCCUGGAAUCCACCCAAUCGCCUGUUGUUUUCUGCCACAAUGAUUUGCAAGAAGGAAACAUCCUUCUUCUAAGUGGCCAGGAGAACAUGGAAAAGCAGAAGCUUAUGCUGAUUGACUUUGAGUACAGCAGCUACAACUACAGAGGAUUUGACAUAGGAAACUUCUUCUGUGAAUGGAUGUACGACUACAACUGUGACACGCCUCCGUUUUUCAGAACCAAUACCAAGAAUUAUCCAACCAGAACUCAGCAGAUGUAUUUCUUUAAAAGCUACCUGUCUGAAUAUAACCCUGCACUGGAAAACCUGAGUGAGGAAGCCCAGCUAAAAAUCAAAGAGGACAUGUUGGUGGAGGUUAACAGGUUUGCCCUCGCAUCACACUUUUUCUGGGGCCUGUGGUCCAUAAUUCAGGCGAGACUAUCCACCAUAGAGUUCGACUACCUGGACUAUGCCAUAGCCAGAUUUGAUGCAUUCUUUGAGCUCAAAAAGGAGCUGGGGAUUUAAAUGCUGUGUUAUUACACACGGGACAGAGAGGCUAAGAAGAAUGAAGUGGAGACAGAAAACCUGGGUUUUGAAUUCACUAGAAAGCAGAUACUUUGCUACUGCAAUAAUUGUGCAUUGUCCAAAAUCAACACCACUCACCUUUACAUGGCCUAAUCUGUUCAGUAAUGUACCAUGCUACUUCACAGAAUUGAUCUCAGUAUUUCAGCUCCAAAAGUUGGAACACAUUUUCCAGAUGCUGAAAGCUUCUGUACAUAUAAAAUUAUACCUACAGGGUCAUGGGUUAGCUUUUGGAAAAACAAAAACCUAGAAUAAGCUGCUGCAGUAACUAUACUCAGCAAAAAUAAAAACUUGACACUCAUUAUUUUUCAAUUAGUGUUUAGAAACUUUUCUUGAAAGAGUUCUUGUUGUGAUUAUGGUUAAAUGCAUUGUCAAGGGCAUUACAUCACACAUUCAUUCUACUGGUCGGGCCUACGUAGCACGUGCGAGAGCACUGUACGCUAAAAUCACGUUUCCACGUGACACAAGUGACGUGACCUAUUGAUACACGUGCAAUUGAUCUCACGGUAGCAGAGUAGAGUGUCAUCUCAGAAAAACAAGGUUUUAUCGUUAAUUAUUCGUUAAUUUGCAAUGCCACGACUGUCAAACAUUCAGCGUGAACUUGCCAUUGGCAUGCUGAAUACGGGAACAUCCGUCACUGACGUUGCGAGGGUUAUGGGAUGCAGUCGACAGACCAUCCAUAAUCUCCAGACACGUCUCCAUCAAACUGGCACCACAGCCGACCGUAAGGAACCCUCCACAGAACUUGCAGGAGCUUGGUGCCAUGUUGAUACAAAUAUGGCGGCGCAUUCCCCAAGCUGUGUUCAGACGCAUCAUCCAAUCCAUGAGGAGACGUUGUAUCGCAGUUGUGAACGCCCAUGGAGGACACACCCGAUAUUGACAUGAUUUCAUUAAGUUGUGACUCACGGUUUUUGAUCAUGGACAUUGUCGUCGCAUUUCCGGUGGAACCGAUUCCAUGACAAACAUGAUCUGUAUGCUAUAGCAUCUUUAAUGACAAGAUAAUUGAAUACAAUCGUUAUUUCAAACCUAUUUUCCAAAAUGUUCAAAUUAUUGACUUUGAAACGAGUGUAAAGUUUUUAUUUUUGUUGAGUAUAUUUCGAAAUUAGACUCUGCCUUGAUUUGGUGAAAGUGUUCGACUCCAAAGAGUCAUGUGAGUCUGCUUUUAUUAUGGUGGCUAAUCUCUGCAAAAUCAUCUCUACAGACUGCUUUAGGAAAUAUGAAAUGAGCUAUAGAACGGUACAACAGAUCAAACUCAUUUGGCGCUGUGAAUUUUCAGUGCUGUUUGACACGUAUACACUCAUCCAACUUUUCGAAUGAAGCCUUAUGAUCCUUUUUGUGGUUUGUUUACUUCUUUCUCUACUUGAACAAUUAGUAGACCUGGAUGUUUUUUGAUGGUAGUAGGUCAAGAGGGCAAUGAUGUGGGAAAACGGAUACCUUGUUGGGACCUGGCCACCUGUGUACACUUGAGGAAAUGAGAUGAUGGAUAUGAUCUGAUUUUAACUUGGGACCUCGAGUCAAAAAGAUUAGUUCUGUUAGUUAACUGGCUCUGUUUCACAAUGUGAAUAAAGUGUUCACUAUCAACCCGUGUUACAUAUUGACAAUCCUUCCCUUUUUUCAUCGUUGGCACAUGUAGUCAUCCCCCCCCCCCCCCCUCCUUACGUGAGAAGUGUUUGUUUGUUUCUUUGUUUUAAUGUGUUCUAACAGUCAUUUCUCUGAAUUUCAUUAUCAUUUGCCUGGUAUACUGUACACUAAACUGUGAUAUUUUUAAAACUAUUUUACAAUCUUGGCUACUAUUUUUGAGGAUCACAUUUGUUUAACAUUACUGUGAGUGUCCAUAUAUACGAGUUAUGUAAAGUGUUUUUCAGUGGAACCUUUUUUCCUUUCAAGUGUAUGUGGUUUUUUUUUUUUUUUUUUUAAAUAGAGUUUUGUUUUGUGAUGGGAUUUGAAUAUUGUCAGUUUCUUUUUCUUCUACAGCUUCAGUGUGACAUACGUAUGAGGUGACUUAGUUUCACAUUCUACCUUUUGAAGCUAUAAGCAAUUCAUGCACAUUCUGGCAAUUUAAUCACAAAUUCCAAUAUAUAAAAACCAAGGGAUCAAUUGAAAACAAAGAAUUGCAUAUGAAUGAAUGUAAUGCUGUAUAAAUCAUGUACUGCAAUUUCAGACAGUAUUUUGUCUCUGACUUCAUAAUAUGUACAACACUACAGGUUGAUUCAAAACAGAUCUACAGUUUGCUCUGCAGCUUGCUCUUUUGUAUUGUAAUUAAAGGAAAAACUUUUCAGUUUUGCAUGAAUUAACCUUGUCCUGCAGUAAAUAAUUUGCUCGUGAAAGAUAAAUAAAAGUAUGCAAAACUAUCCAAAUAAAACCUCACCUUUACAUGUCUUUACCUCUGCGUGUGUGCGUGCGCACGUGUGUGUCUGGAAUGGAGAACCAAAACAGUGAGACAUAUGUCACUCGUGAGGAUCUCUAUGAAUCUCAUCUUAUCUCUAGCUGCUUUAUCCUGUUCUACAGGGUUGCGGGCAAGCUGGAGCCUAUCCCAGCCGACUACGGGUACACCCUAGACAAGUCACCAGGUGAUCACAGGGCUGACACAUAGACACAGACAACCAUUCACACCUACGGUCAAUUUAGAGUCACCAGUUAACCUAACCUGCAUGUCUUUGGGGGAAACCGGAGCACCCGGAGGAAACCCACGGGGAGAACAUGCAAACUCUGCACAGAAAGGCCCUCGCCAGCUACGGGGCUCGACCCGAGACCUUCUUGCUGUGAGGCGACAGUGCUAACCACUACACCACUGUGCCACCCUAUCUAUGAAUUGUUCUGAUAAAUUUGAGUACUUUUUGUUUGUGAAUGUGUCGAUAUAAUACAAAGAAAAUCACAUGUUGGCUUGAAGAUAUGAAGUUUAUCUUCUCAUGUUGAAAAACUCUUAUUUUUCAUACUAAAGACAUCCUGGACCUGAGUAACAUAUUUUCUAAUCUUGAGGAUAUCAGUGACGUCACUCCCAGUGUUUUCCCGCUGACUUCCUAUUGUCAAAACGGCGAACCAGUUCAAAAUAAAAAUUGAUUAACUUGCA